CGGGCACGGCGGCGGGUACGGGGGGCGGAGCCGCUCCCGCCAUGAGCAGCAGCGCGGGCCCCGCGGCGCGGCUCUGCCGCCUGGAGCGGGGGCCGGACGGCUACGGCUUCCACCUGCACGGCGAGAAGGGCAAGCCGGGCCAGUUCAUCCGGCUGGUGGAGGUCGGUUCACCGGCCGAGCGCUCGGGGCUGCGGGCCGGCGACCGGCUGCUGGAGGUGGAUGGCGAGAACGUGGAGCGGGAGAGCCAUCAGCAGGUGGUGGAGCGCAUCCGCGCUGCCGCCGGUGCCGUCAGCCUCCUCGUCGUGGACCCGGUGGCCGACGAGCAGCUGCAGAAGCGGGGCGGGACGGGUACCGAGCCCCCCGGGGGCGGCGGGCAGACGGCCCCGGAGCCGGCGGAGCCCCCGGCGCGGGAGCCCAGCGGCGGCGGCGGCCCGCGGGAGGAGCUGCGGCCUCGGCUGUGCCGCAUGAAGAAAGGCCCCAACGGCUACGGCUUCAACCUGCACAGCGACAAGAACCGCCCGGGGCAGUACGUACGCGCUGUCGACCCCGACUCGCCGGCCGAGGCGGCGGGGCUGGCCCCCCAUGACCGUAUCAUUGAGGUGAACGGGGUGUGCAUGGAGGGCAAGCAGCACGCUGACGUGGUGGCAGCCAUCAAGGCGAGCGGUGACGAGACCAGGCUGCUGGUGGUGGACAUCCUCACAGAUGAAUUCUUCAAGAAGUGCAAGGUGGUGCCCUCGGAGGAGCACCUGGCAGGUCCCCUGCCAGAACCAGUUGCCAAUGGCGAUAUAGGGAAGGAAGACGGCGGAGAGCCGCGGUCCAGCUCGGUGUCCGAGAGCCCGUCCAGCCCCGGGCCACUGACCGUGUCCCCCAAUUCCAGCGAGACCCACAGCGAGCCUGACUCGCAGGAGGGUGACAAGCGACAUUCGGCACCCGGCUCCCUCCUGGACCUCGACAUCCCGCUGGCGGUGGCCAAGGAGCGGGCGCAUCAGAAGCGCACCAGUAAGCGGGCACCCCAGAUGGACUGGAGCAAGAAAAACGAACUGUUCAGCAACCUGUGAAGGCCCUGAGGCGGGGGCAAGGGUCUGCUGCCCCCCCCCCCGCCCCCGGCCUCACACCCACCUCUCCUGCAUCCCCUUCCUCCUCGCCACAGGCUCCCAGUGGGGAUGUGGGGCUGCUCCCCACCGCCCUGGCCUGAGCGAUGGGGCUCAGUGGCCAGUGAGCAUCCCCACAGCAGGGUCCUGGCUGGUGGUUUUAGGCUAGAGAGCUGUGUUGGGGGGGGGUGCUGGGAGGUCCCCUCUCCUGUAAGCCCAUCCCUGGGUGCUCCUCCAGCCCUACCUUGAAGUCCUGCACACCCUGGUAGGCACAGGCAAGGGGGUUGGGGGAGGGAUCGAGGAUUUGGGGUGGCCUAAUGCCCAACACUUAUCUCUGCUGUUCCCUGGUUCUUUCCCCACCCCAAACUCCAUCUCUGUUUGAGCCCCCCGACCCCGACUCCCCAGAUUGCCCUUCAACUGCAAAACCUGAGGCUUUUAGUGACUUAGCAAACCCCACCUGCCUGGCUGCUGACCACAGCAGUUCCUCCCUGGGGUAUUUGACCCCCCACCUGGCAAGUUCCGUCCACAAUGACCCUGUCCCUUUGCCCCUCCAGCUGCACGGAGGGACACAGGUGCCCAGCAUGGCAGGGAGCCCCCAGCACCCUGUCCUCAGGGCUAUUUUGGGAGAGGAGAGGGUGUCUGGAGCCAGUGCAGCAAGCAAUAAUCAUCUCCUUUGCUCUUGCUCGCUCCCAGAGACGGAGCUGGUCAGGGUUUGAAUCUGAGAGUGUUUAUUUUAAAGGCUUCUCAAUAGACUCUUUUUUCCAAAAUAGGAGGUUUCCAAUCACACUUUCUGUUUUGUUUUGGUUUUUUUUUUUUUAAAUGUAUUGUGAAAAUUCUUCCUGUGGAUGUUUUGUUUCCAUGUGUUGCCAUUUGGGUGGUGUUGUACUGUCAAGCUCAAGAGAAAUUCUGUUUACUGGAAUAAACCUUCCUGACUUCA